AUGGGCUUAACAAGUGCGCUGGACACGUUUGUUAGCCAAGCCAAUGGAGCCGGGCAGUAUUCGCUGUGCACGCAGUAUUUGCAGCGCAGCCGCGUCAUUAGCACCGUGCAGCUCUUGUGGAUGAUCCCAUUGCUGUGGUUCACGGAUUCCAUCCUUGUGGCCAUUGGCUAG